AUGUCUACCCUCAACCGAUCAUUCGAAGAAGCCAUCAAGGUUACACCCCAAGGCUCCAACAAAUACAGCGCCAACCUCCGCCCAGAAUGGUGCAUAGGAACCGUUCCCCAUGGCGGCUAUACGACAGCGGUAAUCUAUACCCUAGCAAAAACGCACUUUGCGCACGCCCACGCAACAAGAUACAAAACAACACCCUCCCCAAUCUCCCUGCAACUCUCCUUCCUCCGCCGCACAGCGGCAGGCCCAGCAACCUUUGAAGUGGAAGAUGUAAAGCUAGGCCUACGCACCAGCACAAUCCAUAUCAAACUCCUCCAAGAAUCCGACAAGAAGCCCGGACAAAUGGAAAUCAUGGUUGCGGGCUAUAUAACACUCAGCCCGCCAGACACGGAGGUCGGAAUCAGCGCUGGGACAGGCUGGAAGCCGUACCCCGUUCCGCCGGCUGGAUCGCGUGCUGAUGGGUCUGUUGAUCUUUCUGUGUUGGGAUCUACCGGGCGUGAUGGUGGCUGGAUGAAGAUGAAUCCGCCGUUCGCGGAGUUCCGGAAGGCUGCUGCGCAAAUUGAAUUGUUUGGACCUGUUGAGAAACGGGUUGGGAUGGAGGUUGAUCAGUGGGCGCGGUUUAGGCCUGGCGGUGAUGUUAAUGGACGUUGGACUGAUGCUGCGGUUGCAUAUCUUGUUGAUAUGUUCCCUAUGGCGCUUGAUGGGUUUGAUCAUAUGUCUGCUGAGGCUGUUGCCCGUGAGGAGGGGGGUUCGGCUGAGGAGCUGAAGGCUAAGUUUUGGUAUCCGACUGUUACGUUAAAUGUGGAUAUGAAGAAGCAUCUUCCUGCUGGUGGUGUGGAGUGGCUUUAUAGUCGGGUUGUCACAAAGGUUGUUAGAGAUGGACGGACGGAUUUGGAGGUUACUGUUCUUGAUCAGAAUGGUGAGGUUGUUGCGUUGAGUACGCAGGUUGGGUUGGUUGUUAGUGCUAGUCGGAAUGUUGGGACGCGGAAGUUCCAAAAGUUGUAG